AUGGGUCAGACUAUAACCAAAGAAUCUCCCACUGAGUUUCUCCCGCCAGUCCAAACCCGCGAGGAACUUCAGGAACGAUUUAAAUGGUGCCUAUCAAGAUUAUUUAUAAGUGAUACUAAGCGUAAAUGGUUUCAGACUAUUUUCCACACCUUCUGCACCGAGUCCGAUUCAGCAAAAUUCUGGACAGUAUCUGAUUUAAAGAAUUUUAUGACCAGCACUUUUCCUCUUGAGUUAGCCUCAUACAUAGCUGAAGCUGCCCCAAUUAUACACCGUUGCCUCCUACGGCUAGGGUCGUUUCCAUAUCAUAAUAAUCUGCACUAUACUCUGUCACUGGAUGUGCUACACACAGGCAUGAUUAUUCUGCUUGGACUGGAUAGAGGAGGCAAGCUUGUGAAUAGGGAAGACGAUGUGGCGUCACUUGAUUACCCUGAUUGUCUCAGCGCGGAACAACGAAUCCUGUUAUUUCAGAGCAUGGCAGAGCCGCAAGUAACCCCUGCCAGGUUAUCCCGAGGCCUGGGAGAUGAUUAUCACCUUCAAAGAGCUCUUGAUAUUAUCACGUAUGGAAAUUUUAAGCGUAAUACGUGGUUCCCGACAGCAGUGACCAAGGGGCCUAAAUAUCCCCCCGUCGAACAUUUUCCUUCGUCAAACUCCACAUUGACGAGCGGAUCAAUCCCCGCAGAGGAUUUUAGGCCCUUGCUUCGGUUGAUGCUCCUUACUCAGUUAUAUAUAGCUGGUAUUGACCCAGAUAAUUUUACAUCCUUUCUAUCGGAGAUCGAAGCAGCGACAGACUGCCUAUUAGCGGCAUUUUUAAAUAGUGGGGAGUCAUUAACCACUGUGUCUUUUACAGCUUUUGACAACACCCUUAGCAAGUCAAUGCAAAACGCCUUUCUGGGCCUGCCUCGAGUCCUCGGGCCGUUGCACUCGGCUAAAACCAUCCCGUCCGCGACUCCCCCAUCAUCAGUCACUGAAGCACAGAGAAUGUUAAAAGAAUUGUUUACGCCGUCAGUUAAAACACAGCCUCCUCCUAAGGGACUAAUUAUAAGUCUCCCUCUCCUGAGUCAACUUUCAAUGAGCUUACCCCAAGACUUUCCCAUCGAAGCACCAGAAACCCUUUACUCUUCUCAGGAGGUAGAUGUGCAGUGUGUGAAAUCUUGCCUGUCUGUAACUAGAAUAGCCAGGAUCCUACUGGUGUCUGGAAAGGCUGGUCAAAACGCUGCCAUAUUCGGCGCAUACUUUCCCAAAGAUUCCUCACCUACUAUUCUAAAUAGGUCGAGCGUCAUAUUUCAACUGGCACCAAUUCAUCGAACGUUUCAUCAUGCUGGAGAGCCGGUGCUGUCUAAGGAACCUGAUUUGAAAGACAGCUCGCAUUUGACGCUUGCCCUUGCGGAUAUGACUCUCGUGUUGAGUGGGGAACCGGCAACAGGCAAUUUUAUUGCGCAGGUCAGCGAUGGUACCAGCCAAGAGUUCGUUGUAGAUGCUGUAGAGAUUCUGAGCUUUGAGGGAUGCAUGGUCCAUGUGGAUACAUUUAAAUAG